AGAUCUUAUAGUACCCCUACUUGCUCGAGGAGUUCAAAGUCACGGUCAACGUAUAAGAGGUCAGUCGGUGCAAGAACUCCUUCGUACCUGGUGGACGUUUUGAAUAAGCGUCCAAAAUGUACAAGUUGACAUAUAAAGUAACGUUGCUGUUUGUGCUCCAGUUUUUCUUUUCCGGUAUUGAAUCUGCUUAUUUCUUGAAGAGAUGUUCGAGGAGCGAUCCAAACCUCAACGUCUGCCUGCAGGACUCCGCCAAUUAUCUCAUAGCGAAUAUGAGACGAGGGAUUCCUGAUUUGGGAUUGUACGAGCCUGAACCCAUAGUCAUUGACGAAAUAGGAAUAGCUUUGGGAGGUGGACCUGAUGGAUAUCGAGCAACAUUCAAAAACAUCGAGGCGUACGGGGUCAGUAACACAACGGUUACUGCUGUCAGGUCGGAUAUAGAUACUUACCAAUUCCAGUAUACAAUGUACAUACCAAAGAUUUCUGCUAAAGCCCAAUAUCAAUCUAGUGGUAUCCUUAUUUUAGUUCAAGCUUCUGGAGGUGGAAAUUAUUGGGGUGAAUAUGAGGGAAUAAAAUGCAAAGUUUACAUAAAAGCUGCCCCAAGAUCUGUGAAUGGUCGUUCUUACCUCAAACUUCAACAGAUGAAGAUGGAUUUCAGUGUGAAAAAUAUACAAAUGGGAGUUGAUAAUGUCCACAAUGGAAAUUCAGUUAUACAGGCAGCACUCAAUCUCUUCAUCAACUCUAACUCCCAAGAGCUUCUCAAAGAAAUGAAACCUGACUUGAAGAAGAAACUGCUGGAGCUGAUGACAAGUUUCGUAGAGAAUCUGUUCAGAAACAUACCAUUAGAUGCAUGGAUAUCUGAUUGAUCGACUGGACCAGUUCAAAGAUUGGCCACAGUCAACUUAAAAACUGAAUUUGUUGAUAAUUAUGUUAGUUGUUAAGUAAUUUAUUGUUACUUAGUAUUGUUGCAUGUGUUGUCGACUAUUGUAAAAUAUGUGAUUUCAAGAUAGGUCUAAGAUGAUUUGAUAAUCAAAUAGAGACGAUGAGAUAAAAUUAGAGAAUAAGAA